UCACGCAACCUCAUAAUUACAAAGAUCAAUAUUCAAUACAAAGUAGUAAGUACACAUACAUACUAUACACGAACAAUUUUUUCUCCAUUUGCGAGAUUCCAACUGAAACAGUUAUGGGCAUCCCACAUUUUCUUGCCAUACCUUUCCCAAUUCUAGGACACAUGAACCCCCUUAUGCAGUUCUCUCAGGUUCUGGCGAAAUAUGGCUGCAAAAUCACCUUCUUGAGUUCAGAUGAGACCUACGACAAACUGAAGAGUGAAUGUGCUGGGAAUAGCAAAGUGAUGGAGUCACACAUAAAGUUGGUAUCGCUGCCAGAUGGUGUGGAUCCUGAAGAUGACAGAAGGGACCAGGCCAAGGUUAUUUUCACCACCAUAAACACCAUGCGUGCUAAGCUUCCCAAGCUCAUAGAAGACAUAAAUGCUGUCAACACUGACAACAAGGUUUCUUGCAUUAUUGUCACUAAAAAUAUGGGGUGGGCCUUGGAAGUUGGUCGCCAAUUGGGAAUUAAAGGGGCUCUUUUCUGGCCAGCCUCAGCUACUUCAUUGGCAUCCUUUAACUCCAUACAGAAGCUUGUCGAUGAAGGGAUCGUAGAUUCUAAAAGUGGACUCCCAACCCAAAAUGAGCAAAUCCAGCUUUCAUCUCAUUUGCCUUUGAUGGAGGCAACUGCCAUGCCAUGGUACUGCUCGAACAAUGCCUUCUUCUUCCUUCACAUGAAGCAAGAGAUGCAAAACUUGAAUCAAGGAGAGUGGUGGCUUUGCAACACUACAUUUGAUCUUGAAUCUGGAGCAUUUUCCACCUCACCAAAGCUCCUACCAAUCGGUCCAUUACUUGCACAUGAUCAUCACAACAUAAAUUCACUAGGGCAAGAAGACACAACAUGCAUAGAAUGGCUAGAUCAGCAGCCACCUCAAUCUGUCAUAUAUGUCUCAUUUGGCAGCAUGGUGUCAUUGAAACCAAACCAAUUCAAAGAACUAGCCCUUGCACUUGAUCUCCUCAAAAGGCCUUUCAUUUGGGUUGUCCGCAAAGGAAAUGGUUUAGAGGAGAAAAAUGAGUACCCUCGUGAAUUCAAGGGAAGCCAAGGUAAAAUAGUGGGUUGGGCACCACAGAAGAAGAUUUUGUGCCACCCUGCCACAGCAUGUUUCAUUAGCCACUGUGGUUGGAAUUCAACUAUAGAGGGUGUGUACAAUGGGGUACCCUUCUUGUGUUGGCCAUUCUGCAGUGACCAACUUAUGAACAAGACGUAUAUUUGUCAUGUGUGGAAGGUUGGACUGGGAUUUGACAAGGAUCAAAAUGGAUUGAUAUUGAGGGAAGAGAUAAAAAAGAAGGUGGAGCAUAUACUUGGUGAUGAAGAAAUUAAAGGUAGGUCUUCCAAAUUGAUGGAAAUGGUCGUCAAGAACAAAGCACAAGGUGAUCAGAAUCUCAACAAGUUUAUCAAUUGGGCCAAGGAAUAAUAAGAAUGCUAUAGCUUCAUUAAUGACUCAAUAAAACAAUGGAAUUAAUCACAUAUUUAACAAAUAAAUUUACAUAUAAAAAUUAAAUUAGGAUGAAAGUAUAAUAAGGAAGGGUGGAAAUCAAAGUUGUGUUUUAUUAACUGUCUUAUAUAUUAUUAUUAUUAUUGUAAUAAUACAAAAAUUUACCAUGUACGUGUUCUUACUUAUUUGUCUCGCAUAACGAUGUUUUGUUUUUGUUUUUUGAA